AUGAAGGUCGUCUCCACUCUAGCUGCUGCUUCGCUCGCUCUUGGAGCCGUCGCUGCCAACCCUGCCGGCGAGCACGUUGAGCGUCAGCUUGUCCUCGGCGGAGGUGAAGUCCCCGUCGGUACGAAGGCGUACACUACUGGUAUCCGCUCUACCGCGGAUGGCAACACUUACUGCGGUGGCGCUCUUAUCUCUCCUACUCACGUGCUUACUACCGGAUCAUGCACGGGCUUCCAGCAGCCGAACUUUGUGGCUGUGGGCACGCACUACAUCAACGGCACGAAGGAUGGCGAGCAGAUCAAGGUCAUGUCUGCUCAGAACCACACCCUUUAUAACGACUCCAGCGCGUCGUACGACUUUGCGUUGUUGACGCUGGAGAAGCCCAGCAAGUUCAGCCCUAUCAAGCUCCCCAACGCUGAUGACUCGGACAUCGUCGCAGGUAUGUGGACCAAGGUCAUGGGCUGGGGUGACACCAGCUUCCCCAACGGCACUCGUUCCAACGAGCUCCAGGGUGUCGGCCUGGAGGUGUGGAACAACGAAGACUGCGCUCCUCUAUUUGUUGUCGACAACUCGUCGGUCUGUGCUGGCGGUGCUCCUGGUAGGGACUCGUGCGUCGGUGACACAGGUGCCCCGCUGGUCAAGGAGAAGGGUCAGGGAGAUGCGGAUGAUAUUCUGAUUGGCUUGUCAGUUAUCAAGAUGAAGGGGCGAUACACCGUCAAUCCGUUCCCAGAACUCUCUCUAACCGAGGCCGACCGAGUCUCGCUCGAAGACCUGGCCAAUGCCUACAUCAUGUCCAACUUGGAGCUGUGCAUGAAAUUUAUGAGUACCGGUAGAAGGGUGGAUCCUGCGCGCUGGAAGCCUCUGAAGGAGAGGAAAGGACUCAAGAUCUACUCCGAGAGAAAGGAAAGCGUGGGUACAGCCAAAGCCGACGAAGCAACCGGCGCGGGACUACCUACGAUUCUCUGCGUUGGCACCAAGGAGGGGAAGCUGGACGACCUCAUGUUCGGCAUCAUCAGUGAAGACCUGGAAACCAUGCGCAUGAAGGCUUCGUACGCCGACAGUUUCAGUGCCGCAGCCGUGCUCGAUGGUGUGGUCAUGCCGUCCCUAGAAGACCCGUUCCGGUCGCUGGUCGUCAAGUGGAUGGAGCUCGAUAUCCCCUUCAACUCCACCGGACUCAUCAAGAACCGCGACUACAUUUACCUCGAGGGUAUCGGUAUCGUCCGAAAUGCAGCUGGUGAGCGUUUUGGCUACAGUCUCCUCCACUCGGUGAACUUCCCUCAAACGCACGCACUGCCGAGCCGCGUGCGUGGCAACAUCUCCUUCAUCGCCUACUGGCGCGAGAUCGGCAACAACACAAUGGAAAUGUACGCGACGGGUAUCAUCGAUCCCGUGGACGAGGGUAGUCUGAUCCGCAAACUGGUUCUACCAGUCGUGGCCACCUUGUUCCUCGGAAGUCUCGAGUACGUGUACUGCGGCCAAAUGCGCAAGUUGACGUACAUGCUGGAGCGACGCUACGAGGAAUCCAAGACGCGCGGCGCUCCCAACAAGAAAAGCUCUUGUGUCACGUGUUCCACUCCGAUCACUGGCCGAAGACUGGGCGACUUUGGCAAGUCCAACAGCACGUGUAAGCUCUGCUUCGGCUUCGUGUGCCACGCGUGUAAGAUCGUCCGCAAGUUGAGCUUUGUGGACCCGGACUUGCUGAUGACGCAGCGGAAGGUGACGUUCUGCACCAAGUGCAUGUGCGAGGCGACGAGCAUGAAUGCCAUUGACAUCGCGCGUGCCAGAUUGCUGGGCGUGAAGAAUGGAGUCAACUCUAGUGCAGCCACCGGCUACUCUUCUAUCAGCAACCUGUCCGAUGUAUCUUACUGCAGCCAGUAGUGUUUCAAACAGUAAGUGAGUUGAUGCCUCACUUCAAGUCUACGUUUUAUUAUUUUUUUUCAGUUGAGUCAACUUGUGUUCAACUAUACACAGAAA